AUGGCAGACGCAUCAGGCGCUGACCGCGGCUGGAUUCUCCACGCGGUCUCGUGGCCGCUGUUCGGAAUCUGCGUUCUUAUCACCGCUACCAGAUUCUGGGUACGUGCGCGCAUCCUUCGGAGCUGCGGCUGGGACGAUGCAUUCAUCCUGCUUGCAUUGAUCUGUGCCGCUGUCAAUACUGUACUGGUAACUCUGAGUAUCAUGCAUGGCACUGGGCGUCACAUGCGUGAUCUAUCACACGAGCAACAGAUCGCUUCAGUAAAGUACCAGCUGCUUUCCCAGGGGUUUCAUGUCAUGUCAACAAAUUGGGGGAAGGUGUCGGUGGCCUUAUUUCUGGUUCGCAUUAUUUCGGAGGUGAAGCAACAUAAGCGAGCCAUGUAUGCGGGGAUGAUCUUGCUGUCCAUUAUUAAUAUCGGUGGUGUCUACACCAUCUACGGACAGUGCACACCCACUGCAAAAGCUUGGGAUAAUGACAUCAAAGGCACCUGCUGGCCAGCGGGAGCACAGAGAGAUUAUGCUUUUUUUCAGGGCUCUGCCUCUGCAUUCAGCGACUUGGUUCUGGCGGUAUAUCCGCUCCUUACCAUCAAGGAUUUGCAGAUGGCCACCAAGGUUAAAUUUGGGCUCGGCUUCGUGCUCUCGCUGGGUAUCAUCGCAAUGGUGGCUGCUAUUAUCAAGACCGUCCACUUGGCGGCACUGUCGGCCAGAACUGAUUAUACGUGGGAUACGCUUACUCUGACGGUCUGGGUUGCAGUCGAACAAUAUCUCAUUAUUAUAGCCGCUUGCAUUCCUGCACUCACGCCUCUUUUCAAUAUCAUUGUGCGUCGAGUAACCAGCAGGCGGUCCAAAUCCAAAUCAACUCCCAACGAGCUGGGAGCAAGCGACCGCAAGUUGAGUCGCCCUCAACCCUACCUGCCUUUUGCAAGCGUAGGGCGAGAAUACGUCGAAUAUCCCAUGACCUGCGUCGGGUCAGCGAAAGAUUCGAAGCGCCGUAGCAGUGACAGCGAGGCGCUCAUUACAAUCGAGCCUAAUUCACCGACCGGGAUCCUCAAAACAACCGAGUUUCAUAUCCAGGGGUUGGUACGAUACGACGGACUGUGA